GAGCCAACAGAAGAAAGUCCUUCCACAACAUUCCCUAAAGUGGUGAGUUGGAAAUUAUAUUUACUUUUCUUGUGUCUAUAGCUUAGGCAUGCAUUUUCAGUACUUUCAGUAAGUCAUAUUAGUUCAGCCUGUCCUGUAUGUACUGUUUGGACAGGUUCAUUACUUUAUUAUUCAUUCAGCGAGUAAAGCAUAGAUAAGAAUUGGGAAAUAAUUUAAUACACUAGGUCUUAUACAUUGUGAAUCUGUACAGCAAUGAGAAUUUGUCGGAUUAACUAGAAAUGCAACUGGAAAGUGUGAAAAAGUUUAUAAUAAUUUAUGUACUGUAUUGUUUACAUGCAGAACACAACACGAAAGAAGAAGUGUCCUACUUGUAACCACGUUGUUGGAAAUGCUUGCAAGCUGUGUCCCCAUUGCAACACAAAAAUUGAAUGUGGUAGAAAAAAACCGAGAGUUUCAUCAACAUCUCUAACGAACCCCUCAAACCAAUGGGAUUUGCUGAAAAAAAGGGUAUUAUACUAUGAUUAUAUGCAAUAGUUUUACAAACUGGUUUGCACUAUUGGGACUCGUGUCUAUAUAAUGAGUGUAUGUUGUUACAUUGUGUUAUUGUGUACAUUUUUUUGACGAGGGAUGACAGUAGCCCAAAAAAUUGCGGAUAUGGUGUAGGAAAUGCUUAAUUGGCUGCCAAGAAUAUCUCCGCAUAAAUCGCAUAAAAACUAGUCACCGAUCUCUGCUGACGCGAUCGCUUAAUCGCUGAAUAGCGGCGGGGAAUAGUAGAGAGGUUAAGAUACCCUGGUUUCGGUGUACGUGUACGGGUAGCAUGAUUUUGGUUAGCAAUAUUUUCGUCGAUGUCUCUACCUUUACUCGUAAUUAAGGUGCACAGUUUUCGCAUUAUGUCAUUGUCAAUUGCAAGAAAACAGAAAAAGUAUGAUCGAAUUACAGACAUCAGUAAAACAAGAUGACACUACUGGUACCCGUACACCGAAACCGGGGUAUCUUAACCUCUCUAGUGCGAAUUCAAAUCCCGUUCAGGUGAAUAAUCUUUCUUGACUUUUGCAGUGUAAGAAAUCAUUAAAAUUUUCUUAUCUUGUUCCGGACCAAGUUGUCCUCAGUCUGCCAUUAAGCCAAUUUAUCAGGAUGUGUUUACUCUACCUUUCCCCAGUUGUUCUUGUUACGAGGUUGACAAGUCACAUUUUUACAACAACUUCGUAUUUUGAAUUACAUUUUGAAAUAAAAUAAUUUCUGCUUAUACAGGUUGACAUAUUACAUGAAAGUCAUCAAUGUGAUAUUGUGAUCUUAUAUCAUAAGAAGCAUGCUAGAGGCCAUACCUGGGGUUCAUAUGGUACACCAGGAUUGGUUGAAGAGCUGCUCGGUGAAGAGUCAAAAACGGGUUCCAGCUUGAAAAAUAUUUUCCGACUUGGAAUCUUAAACCAAAUGGCACAGUCAAAUACAAACACUGAUAGUGACUCUAACCGCGACACUAACACCACUACUAGCACCCACACAACAACUAACAGUAGCACUAGCACAACCACUAACCCUAACAGUAGCACAACCACUAAUCCUAACAGUAGCACCAGCACUAACAGUAGCACAGCCAAUAACACCAGCACUAGCACAACCACUAACCCUAACAGUAGCACAACCACUAAUCCUAACAGUAGCACAACCAAUAACACCAGCACUAACACAACCACUAACCCUAACCGUAGCACAACCAAUAACCCUAACAGUAGCACAACCAAUAACACUAACACAACCACUAACCCUAACAGUAGCACAACCAAUAACCCUAACAGUUGCACAGCCAAUAACACCAGCACUAACACAACCACUAAUGCUAACCGUAGCACAACCAAUAACCCUAACAGUAGCACAACCAAUAACACCAGCACUAACACAACCACUAACCCUAACAGUAGCACAACCAAUAACCCUAACAGUAGCACAGCCAAUAACACCAGCGCUAACACAAUCACUAACACAAUCACUAACCCUAACAGUAGCACAACCAAUAACAGUAGUGCCAGCACAACAACCCCUAACCCUAUUAGUAGCACUACCUCAACCACUAACCCUAACAGUAGCACUAACUCAACAACCACUGACCCUAACAGUAGCACCAGCUCAACCAGCACUAACCCUAACAGUAACACUAGCACAACAACCACGACCAUUAACAUAAGCACUAGCACGACCACUGCCAAUACUUCGAGUUCUGGUAUACACGAAAACGCCAACAGUGGCAAAAGAAUUGUGUUGAUAAAAGAAGGUAUUUGGGAUGUAUUAUGCAAACAAGACCUUAUUCAUGUUGUAGUACGAUUAUCCAGUUUUUCUGGGCUUAUCAUCGUAACUUUUGUGUCUCAGGUGUACCUACGUUGCUCGUACAGGAUUAUGUUAAAGCCAGUUUUCCACUUCAAUCGUCCCGAAACGUGGCGUAUUUCUUUGUUUCCUGAGCACUAGAGUGGAACUAAUGACUUCGACACAAAAGAAAAUGCUACGAUACGUUACGAUACGGUUGAAGUGGAAAACUGGCUUAAUAGAUGCUUCGAUGGUCCUCGCAAAAUACAUUAGAAAAAUGUUUAAAUGUAUUAAAUAAUGUUUUUACUUCAUAAUGUUUAAUUGCAGGAACGAGAGUUGGACUUGUGGACAAUAAUAAACAGAUUAAAGCGUGGAGAAUAGUUCACAAACGAGCAGAAAUGAAAAUACUGUACAUUAAAAAUGUUUAAAUGUAUUGAAUAAUGUUUUUACUUCAUAAUGUUUAAUUGCAGGAACGAGAGUUGGACUUGUGGACAAUAAUAAACAGGUUCAAGCGUGGGGAGUAGUUCACAAACGAGCAGAAAUUCAUGGGAGAAUAGUGAAUCCAGGAUACGUUGUGGUUGAAAUUACACAGGUUCUUGAAUCAUGCAAUUUAAAACCAAUAUGCUCCAAUACGUUUGAUGAUACAGAUGCUAUACAUACGGGCGAAUUUCAUGCUUGGCCGCUUGCGUUAUUGGCUUUACCAUUGUGCAAGGCAUAGUCUAUCAAGAUAUAAUGUCUAGAAACUAAAUAGAAGUCAAUGUAUUAUGUUUUUGUCUGAGUUAAUGUUAAUUUGUGCACGGUCACGAUUAUUGAACUCAUCGUGUUUUCGUACAAUGAAGUACUAAUAGGCCAUAGGGAUAAGCCGAGAUGGAACGUGCCGUCACGAUCAUAAUAUUUAAGACAAAAGUUUGUGUAUGGUUGAGGUACAGUUUAACAUCAAACAAUGGUCUUUUAUUUUUUUUGGAUUUAUGGCAUAAUAUCUUGACAUACUAUGUGCAGGGAGAUGAAAAUCAUGAGAAUUAUUACUUGCAUUUCCUUUUCAAAAGUUUUGGUCGCGUGCCAUGCAGUCUGUGAAUUUUUACACUUCUCAUUCUUUGAAACAACAUAGAUUUGCAACGUAACUUAUAUAUAGGCCAUUUAUGUUGUUUUUUAAAUGAAGGUUAGUCUUGAUCAAAUUUAUAUGCAAAGCUACUAUGUAAUUUUUCGCGAUUUAAAAUAAACUGACAGCACUGGUUGCAGCAUAAAUUGCGAGUAUAUACUAUUUAAUUAUGCCUUUCUAGGUUACGACAUGAAUUGUAAAAUAAUGUAUUUUAUUAUCCAUGGUUACAGUUUGUUUGCUUUUUCUAUCUGCUUUUGGUGAAUGAUUAAACAAAGUCUGGGAAAAUAUAUAUAUUAUAAUAUUGUGUCAUGGCACAAAAUAAAUGUUUUAGUUGUCGCAUUGCUUGCUUGUUGAGCGCCUCAGCUCGUCUCAGUUCAACAAUAUAGUUAAUAGAAUAUAUAUUGUUAUUAAUAUAUUGUGUUUUUUUUUAAUUAUAUCUAUAUGUUGUAUAAAGAAUGUAUAUGUUAUGUUAUUGUUAAUAAAUUGUAUAUAUUACAGUCGAUUUCACGAAACUUUGUCCACAAAUUUUCCGAACUUCGUUGCGAAGUUCACAAGAUUGUUGCGAAGUUCAAAAGUUCAUAAUGAGAUUCACAAACCAGUUCGUAAACUACGCAUUUGAUUGGCUUCUUUUACUUCACGGACCAAUCAGGGACUUUGUUUACAAAUUGGCUUGUGAAUUCCAAUAUGAGCUUCCGAACUUCGCAACGAACUUGCGAACUUCGCAACGAAGUUCGGAACAUUUGUG